CAACGAGAUAAACUUGUCUCCUCUCGGUCGCCAUGUCGAAGAGAGAGGUGACGACUCCAUGCAACGCCCCUUGUGUUCACUAUCGUGAAGAGUGUGUUAAACGUGUGACAUGCUCUCGAGUGUGAGACGGGGGACCUCCGGCACGUAAUAACCCGAGGAAUCGACCACACACAAAAAGGCACCAUGGCUCAAGUGAAGGCUGAAGGUCGCGAGAGGAAGAAAGGUUCGUUCCCGAAGAAGCAUCCAUUUCUCUGGAAGUCCAUGGAGAUGGACGAACGAACCGAGGGGGAAUCGCCGGGGGAAGACGAGAACGGACAGGAUAACGAGGCCUUCUCGGAUCAGCCUUUUCCCUCCCCCGCCCAGCAAAACAAUCGAAACCAUCACAUGCCGCACCCCCAACAGCAGCAGCAUCCUAAGCGUGGGAGACGGAUGCAGAGACGGGAGGAGCAGACGAUAAAUCGCCACAGGAAGCUGUCUCGGGCGAUCCGUCUUAAAGACGGGGAUACCGUCCGCGCCCUCGUCAUGGAAUACACCAACGUGGAAGGAGACAACGGAAAGUACAACCUGGGAGCAGCCCUGUUCGUGGCCGUAAAGACGGGCGACCUGUCGUGCGUGAGACCGAUCCUGGAUAAAGUUUCCGACAUCCGUUACGCGGAUUCCGAUGGGAACACGGCCUUGCACGUGGCCUGUGCCCAGGGAUCCGCGGACAUCGUGGAGAAGCUGCUGGAGAAGAAGGUGGACGUGAGUCGCGAGAACAAGCAGAAGAUGAGGCCGUUGACCCUGGCGACCCAGGGAAGCCACACCGACGUCGUCCGGGCGAUCUUGACCCACAGGGUCCCCAAACCCGAAGACAUCGACGACGCCCUCACCCUCGCCGCCGCCAAGGGUCAUUGCCAGAUCGUGAAGGUCUUGAUGGAAUCCGGAUUCGGCACGUCGAAGGGGAUCAACUCGGCCAUGGUGAACACGGCCGAGCACGGGCAUCCGGAAUGCCUGGAACUCCUUCUCGCCCAUCCCGGGAUCGAUUUGAAUUUCCGAUCGAAUCAAAAGACGGCCCUUCACAAGUGCAUUUUGAGGAGCGGGGACAUGCGAUGCCUGCAGCUCCUAUUGGAUCGUGGAGCCGAUCCCAACGUCCAGGAUUCCCUGGGUGCCACGCCCACCUAUUACAUGGUCUUUCGCGAUGGCGAACGGAACGACGAAGGCUUGGAGCUGUUGAUCAAACACCACGCAGACGUGGACAUCGGGAUCAAGGACAAGGACCUGAAGCCGUUGCACGCUGCGGCCGGGCUCCAGGAUCCCCGAUGCCUGCAGAUACUCCUGGAUCAAUACGGGGACGACGGAGUGAACGCGAAGACGAGUGAAGGGAGGAACUGCCUGCAUUGCGCCGCCAUGGAAGGCCGCGUGGAAAACGUCCGAGUCAUCCUGUCGGAGCCUCUCUUCCGGAUCGACGACAAGGACGAGAAGGGGAACACCGCCCUGCAUCUGGCCGCCUACGAGGGACACGCAGACAUCGUCAAGGAACUGCUCGCUAAAUCCGCCAUCUGGACGGAAGCCAACGUCGACGGGAACACGCCGAUCCACUUAGCGGCCCAGUCCACUGACCUGGAGGUGCUCCGCUUACUGUUCGAUCGCGCGAGGAACAGCGGGGCCGCCGAGGCCGUGAACCACGGGAUCGAUUUCACGGACCAAGGCGCGGAGGAGUACCACGACCCGAGCAGCGGGAGCGGCAUCAUCCAAGCUCUGCUCAGAGCGGCGAACAACGAAGGGGAGACGCCCGUGCAUCUGGCUGCCAAGAGCGGCGGAGGGGAUGCGGUGCACUUCCUCGUGGAACACGGUGGGAGCAUCACGACCAGGGAUGCCUCGGGUCGGACUCCGAUGUCCAUCAUGAUACAGAAGACACCGGGGAUCAUCACCAGACUGCUCGACCGGGGGAUCCAGUCGAGGAACGAUCCGGAUUCCAAGCUCUUGGAGGUCCACUUCGAUUUCUCCAUCUUUCGGGUGGAAGAGGAUGCCAACCAAGAGUCUCACACCCACUUCUGGGACUUCGGUCGCCCGGCCUCGAAAGCCUCUUCGGUGGCGAGGACGCUGAGGACGGAUACGGAUAACGUGAAGGAAUUCGUCGACGGCGGGAGGAGCGAUUUCCUGGAUCAUCCCUUAUGUCUCAUCUUCACUAUGAUGAAAUGGUAUCGGUACCGUCGCAUCUGGCUCCUUCAGCUCGUUCUCUACGUCCUCUUCGUCCUUUCCUUGACCUCCUACGAAUGCAUCUUCUACGGGUACCUCACCUAUGAGGCUCUGGGGAACGGUAGCGGGCUCAAGUGCGAAUUAAACGACACGGAAUUUGACGAGAAGAGCGUGGCUUGUACCUUCUACGAUGUCAGUUUGGUUUUCCUCUACAUCUUCACCAUCUUGAUCCUCAUCCAAGAGAUCAUGCAGAUCGGAUUCAUCAAGGCACGGUACUUCCUGCAAUGGGAGAAUUAUCUGCAACUGGGUCUCAUGGUUCUGGUUAUCCUCACGAGUCCCUAUCCCAGCGCGUCCGAGAGUUAUCACGUAUUCCAGCAUCAUCUGAGCGCCAUCAUCGUCCUCUUCGCCUGGAUCCAGCUCAUGAUCAUCAUCGGGAGGAGCCCCGUCUUGGGGAUAUAUAUCACGCUCUUCCGGAAGAUGGCCAAGAUCUUCAUCAAGUUCAUCCUCAUCUACAUCUGGGUCAUCGUGGGAUCUUCCCUCAGCUUCUUCAUCCUCUUCCGCGGCGCCUCCGGCUUCGAUAACGAUUACAAUCCGUUCGACAAUCCCCUGAAGAGCUUCGCCAAGAGUAUGAUCAUGUUGACGGGGGAAUUCGACUACGUGUCGUCCUUUUCGGCCGAAAUCCUCUAUCCGUACACGACACACAUCCUCUAUUUGGCCUUCGUCCUGCUCGUCUCCUUGAUCCUGGGGAAUCUCCUCGUCGCCCUGGCCGUCAACGACUUGAACAAGAUCCAAAAGGAGGCCGACGUGAAGAAAGUGGCCAACAUGUUGGAGCUCAUCUCCUACAUCGAAUACCUGAUCCCGUACAAGAGACUGCUGUUCCUCCCGACGGAGCAGGAUCCGGAAUUCGUCAAGAUGCUGCCGAACGACCCGGAGACGCACACGAAAGUGUUCAUCCGAUUCAGGUCCAGGUUCCGGCUUCCGACGAUGUCGUCGGAGAAGGCGAUGACCGUGGACCCCGAGACCCGAACCAAGAUCCAGGGAAUCGUUAAAGCGCGACGAAAGAAGCAAGAGCGCCGGAUCAGCCGCGGGUACCUCUACCCCCACGAGUCGGUGAGACUGAAGCGACUGAGCUUCGUGACGGGCCCCACCCCCGACCAAGACGGAGCCAAGCGAAACUCCCGGUACGUCUCGCAGCUGAACCCGAUCGCAGAGGACCAACCGGACGGAGCCACCACUCGCGCCUCCUUCUCCACCGGCGCCGUCGACGUGGACCGGAGGCUGAACGCCCUCGAGCUCGGCAUGGAACGAUGUCUCGCGAGACUCGACGAACUGCUUCGCAUCUCCUAUACCAAAAAUUGGGGCAGUAUCGAGUCCCUCUCCAGUAGUAUUGCCUGA